GUGCGCUUCACCGCGCCUUGACCACAGCCAAAGUCUCGGGGAGGGAGUUUCCGCGGAGCGCGAGUGGAGUCUGGAGUGAAGCCGUUCACAGGAGCCUCUGGACACGGAUCAUCUGAAGUUGCUCUCACAGAUGGAGAAAAUGCCCGCGCGCUUUGUGCGCUCGCUCGCGGUGUGCGCGCUGCUGGUCGCAGUGACGCAGUGCUGCCCUCAGCCCUGCACGUGCGUGGAUAAAGCGGUGCAAAACCUGGCAAACUGCGCGUACAAAGAGCUUCUGGAGGUGCCCGCGGAUCUGCCCCCCAACAUCACCACCCUGAGCCUCUCCGCCAACAAAAUCAGUCUGCUCAAAAGUAAGAGCUUCGUGAACGUGACGCAGGUCAACUCCCUGUGGCUCGCCCAUAAUGAGAUAGUGACCAUCGAGAGGGACACGCUGGCCCCUCUGGUCCAGCUCAGAAACCUGGACAUCAGCUACAACAAAAUCAUCAACUUUCCCUGGGAGGACCUGCAGAACCUGACGGCGCUGCAGCUGCUCAAGAUGAACAAUAAUGAGAUGGUGAGUCUCCCCAAAGACGCCUUCUCCACUCUGGCCGACCUCAGGUCCCUGCGCAUCAACAACAACAAGUUCACCACCAUCGUCCAGGGCACCUUCAGCACGCUGUCCUCCCUGUCCCACCUGCAGAUCUUCAACAACCCUUUCUCCUGCUCCUGCGCCCUGGAGUGGCUCAGGGACUGGAUCACCACCACAAAGAUCUCAGUGCCGGAGCCCAAUAAUAUCGUGUGUGAGAGUCCCGCACACCUGAAGGGCACUAUGGUCACUAACAUGCCUCAACUCAGCUGCAAAGCCCCCAUCAUCACCAUCACGUACCAGCCCGACCUGGAGAGCACCGAGCUCAGUGAGGGGGCCACCGUGGUGUUGACCUGCGAGGCCCAAGGCAUCCCCCUCCCUCAGCUGGUGUGGGAGCUGAGCACGGCCGGACAGAACUACCUGUUUCCUCUGCCGUCAAACGGAAUCAGUUCAGACAAACCCAUCAAUGACAAAGCGACCAACAGCCUGUUCCACGUUUUUCAAAAUGGCACCCUCACCAUCCCCCGAAUGAGCAAAAGAGUGGAGGGAAACUACAGCUGCUCUGCCACCAACGACGUGGGCCGAGCACAGAGCAGCGUCCGAGUGGCUCUGGCCUCACAGAAACACAUCGCCAAACCAGAGCCGGAUUCUACAGACAAACUGCCCGCGGUGAGCAAACCCAUAGCCCCCAAGGUCUCCAAGAACAACGUGAUCAACUGGUCCAAAACUGAAGAGAGGACAAAGAGCGAUGACGCCUUCUCUGACAAACACGGGGUGGAGCGGGCCGGAGCCAAACCCAAAGAGCCGACGGUGGGCAGUAAAUGCGGCGUGAAAGACGGCAGCGAGUACAUCUCUAACCACGCCUUCAACAGGACCCUGGACGACCUCAAACAGUACACCUUCGACUUCGGGGUCAUCGCCCUGGAGGUGUCCGAGACCGAGGCCAGGGUCCAGCUCAACCCGCUGCAGCUCAACACCAAAACCAACCUCCACCUGAGCCCCGGGGACCACCUGGACACCGUCAGCAAAGAGCCGAUCCGAGUGUUUGAGUCUUCCGGCUCCAAGACCACGCUGGACAUGCUCUACCUCUGCGUGGACACGGGAAACGGACACUCCAUGGUGCAGUGGUCCAAAAUAGAGGAGAGGGUUAACUCCUAUCACUUCCAUCAUCUACAGCCGGGCACCAACUACACCCUGUGCCUCACCUACGCGGGGCAGGACUGCCAGGUGCAGGUGGUCUUCACGACGAGGAAGAAGAUCCCGUCUCUGCUCAUUAUCGUGGUGGUCAGUAUUUUCCUCUUGGCUCUGGCCACUGUGCCUCUGCUGGGCGCCACCUGCUGCCACCUCCUCUAUAAAUACCAGGGAAAAACCUACAAGCUCAUCAUGAAGGCGCAGAACCCGGAUCAGAUGGAGAAGCAAAUGGCCGCGGACUUUGACCCCCGCGCGUCUUUCGUGGGCUCGGAAAAGAAUUUUAACCCCAGCGAGUUGGAAGAGGAGGGCGAGGGCGAGCCGGAGGACGCGGACCGGGAGGGAGAGGCGGAGGGCAGCGUGGUCACGGAGUCCAUCCCGGGCUCCUCGUCCAAAACCAACCCGGAGGAGUUCGAGGUGGGGUCGGAGUACAGCGACCGCCUGCCCCUGGGCGCGGAGGCCGUCACCAUCUCCGAGGAAAUCAACGGCAACUACAAGGAGCCGAGCCGCUGAUUCCCCCGGAGCCUCCGCUAUAUAAAAUAAAAAAAUAAAUAAAAUUAAAAAAAAAGUUCAGUUUUC